UUGUACUACUACAGUACUACUUCUUAAUUGCACUCUUUCACUCAUCAUGCCACAUGUUGAUUAUUUGCUCUCCCUUCUUUAGCUUUGAGCUUCCUCUUUUCACUUAUCCACUUGUUUUUCUUCAUCAUUCACCAUAAUAACACAACAUAUAUAUACCUCCUUCAAAUAAUAAGGGACACCCUUUUUCUUUUUCUUGAAUAUGGAAUUCAAGGAAUUCAUAAUCAGAAGCUAUGAGGGUCAAUCUGAUAGAGCCCAGGUUGAAGAUCUUGAAAGAAGGUGCAAGGUAGGUCCAUCAGAAACCAUGCUAGACUCCAUGGGUGACCCCAUCAGUAGGAUCCGGAACAGCCCCAUGUACAUCAUGCUGGUGGCAGAGAUGGAUCAUGAAUUGGUUGGUUUCAUUCAAGGCUCUAUAAAAGUGGUAACACUAAAGUGUCAUCCACCAAAGGGUAUUGCAAAGGUUGGUUAUGUCUUAGGCCUAAGGGUAGCCCCACAAACUAGGAGAAAAGGCAUUGGUUCAAGCCUAAUCCAAAGGCUAGAAGAAUGGUUCAAUUCCAAUGAUGUGGACUAUGCAUAUGUGGCCACAGAGAAAGAAAACCAUGCCUCAAUAAGCCUCUUCAUGAACAAAUUUGGUUACACCAAGUUUAGGACCCCAGCUAUACUUGUGAACCCUGUCAACAAUCACCACUCAUUUAGAAUCUCUUCCAACAUUGACAUUGCUAAAGUCAACAUUGACAAAGCUGAGUCUCUUUAUAGAAGAUUCAUGGGGACCACUGAAUUUUUCCCUAGUGACAUUGAAAAUGUGCUUAGGAAUAAGCUUAGUUUGGGAACAUGGGUAGCUACUUUCAAAUGGGAAAAUGCAAGUUUUGGGCUUAAUGGGCCUAAUAUUGGACAAGUCCCCAAAACUUGGGCCAUGCUUAGUGUAUGGAAAAGUGGGGAUAUUUUCAAGUUAAGCAUUGGAAGAGCUCCAAAUUCUUGCUUGUUUUUUACAAAGAGUUGGAGCUUAGUGGACAAAAUUUUCCCAUGCUUUGGGCUAUCAACUAUACCUGAUUUUUUCAGCCCAUUUGGGUUUUAUUUCAUGUAUGGGGUUUACCAUGAAGGCCCAUGUUCAGGGAAGCUUGUUAGGGCCUUGUGCAAAUUUGUUCACAACAUGGUCUCAAAGUCCAAGGAUGAGAAUUGCAACAAGAUCAUUGUGGCUGAAGUUGGUGGAAGAGAUGAAGAGCUCAACAAUCAUAUCCCACAUUGGAAAUUGUUCUCUUGCCCUGAUUUUUGGUGCAUUAAGGCCUUGCAAUCUGAAGGGAAGAACACAUUCCAUGAAUUAGUAACUGACACCCAACCAAGAUCCCUCUUUGUAGACCCAAGAGAGGUUUAAAAGUACCAUAUUAAUUACUUUUAGUUAAAUGGUCAUUUCAUUUUUUCUGGUAUAUGAAAUACUUAAUAUGCUAGAAAUAAUGAAAUAGACAAUCAAUUAAAAAUGAAGAGUAUAUAAGCUCCAAAGGAGGCUAAAAAAGAAAAAGAAAAGUACAUAAAGAAAUAAAAUGGAGAGAGCUUGAGAAAU